UGUUUCUGACUUCACCAACCGAGACGUGUACGACACCAUCAAGGUUUACCUGUUAUCAGGUCAGUUGGUCAUCUUUUAA